AUGGCUGUGGUGAAGCAGUCUCUGCGCCAGGACCUGCUCCAGCAUGUUCCUGCAGAGAUACCUACUGCGGGGCUCGUUGUUUCUACGAUUUUGUCCAUGUUCACAUUUGCAGUAUUAGCAGUCUGUUUAACGAGAAGAAUACAGUCAACCAAAGACUGGUCUAAGAUCCCUUUGACAAGAUGGCUGGUUCUGGCAAUAUACACGGACUCAAUGGUCUUCAUCUUCACGACCGCUAUAUUGGAACACGGCUUUGGCCUGAACUCCACCCAAGCGAUUUGCUCAUCAGCGAUCUUGCUAUGUCUUGUCUGCUACAUGUCUACGAAAGUAUUGAUAUAUUACUUCCUCGUUGAGAAAGUAUAUAUUAUCCGCCGCGUCCAAACACCACGACUCAAAUCUAAACUCUACUGCUUCAACUGUUUUGCCAUGCUACUGCCAUACUGCAUAGUGGUUGUCCUCAACUUCGUCUACAGGAUCGCCUACUUUCAUGCCGAUGGAACUUGUUUGAUCGGAAUGGAAGCUCGUGCGAUGCUGCCCUUGAUCAUCUUCGACGCAAUCGUGAACCUCUACCUAACACUCCUCUUCGUCCUCCCUCUACGAACCCUCUACUCCUACAAAAACUCUCCAAACAGCUUGCUCCGAACCAUCGCCAUUCGUUCUUUCGUCGGUUCUCUCGCUACCUUGACGAGUUCGGUGGUUAAUCUGACGGUACUGAUGGUGUUGAAAGGAGAAGCAGCGUGGAUAUGCUUGAUGUGUUGCAAUGCGGAUAUUCUGUUGUCGGUGUUGGUUUUGCAUUGGGUUACCAGCAAGAAUAGCAAUGGAUCGGGCUCCUCAGCCGGUCAUUCGGCCUCACUUCAACCUGUCAAUGGCAACCGUGGUCUUGCUGCAUCGGCUCUAGACCCGUUGAGUCCUCAUUCGUUAGUCGAUAAACUGCAUACGUUCGAGAUGUACAGUGGUGCUAAUAGCAAAGAUGGUCAAGUUACUACGCAUAUUUCUGCGAGGGACGUAGAUGAUGAUUUGUAUCGAUUGGAUAGUGGUAGUGGUGGGGGAUUGAAGAAGGCGAGAGGCGCUGAGAGGACGACGAAUCCAAGGCUACGGUUGCGCAGGUGGUUGAGAUGGAAAGUGGGCCGAGGACAGUGGAUGACGGAGAUGACAUCGCGGAUGUUGUAA